AUGGUCCGCCACAAAAAAGACAAUUUCUCUCGAGGAGGCAAGAAGUUCUCCAACCCCCGCCCCCGACCGGUGCCCCGCGGUGAUGAGAACGAGGAUAACGCCGCGCCCUCAUCGCGGCCUGCUUUUCGCGCGGCCUGCUGGGAUAUGGGUCACUGUGACCCGAAGCGAUGCUCCGGCAAGCGCUUGAUGAAGCUGGGCUUGAUGCGCGAGCUCCAUAUCGGCCAACGAUUCCCUGGCGUGAUAGUUUCACCCAAUGCUAAAAAAGUGGUAUCUCCGGCUGAUCGGGAUCUCAUGGAACAACAUGGUGCUGCUGUGGUGGAGUGCUCCUGGGUACGAGUCAAAGAAGUGCCUUGGUCGCGAAUCGGCGGGAAGUGCGAACGACUCUUGCCUUACCUCAUUGCCGCCAAUACGGUCAACUACGGCAAGCCCUGGCGAUUGAACUGCGUCGAAGCGCUUGCGGCUUGCUUCUGCAUUUGUGGGCAUGAGGAUUGGGCGAGGGAAGUCCUCAAGAAUUUUAGAUAUGGCGAAGCAUUUUUGGAGAUCAACUCUCAACUACUGAAGCUCUACGCUGCAUGCAAGACCGAAGAAGACGUCAAGCGGACCGAGGAGGAGUGGCUCGCCAAAAUUGAACAAGAAUAUGAGGACAGCCGUGUUGAGGGGGCAGAUGAUAUCUGGACAAUUGGAAAUACCAAUCGAAAGCCUGUGAACCAAGAAUCUGAUGAAGAAGAUGAUGAUAACGAAGGCAGUGCAGAGGAAGGAAGCGAGGUCGGAGGCGAUCAAGAAGAAAUCGACGAUGAAGCCGAUAAAGACCCAUUCGCGAUUUCUGAUGACUCCGAGGAAGAAGAGCAAAUGGCUGAGAUUCGACGGAAGAUCCUCAGCUCAAAGUCAUUCCAAAACCCAUCCACAUCAGACAAGCAGGAGCCCGAGAGGAUUGCACGCCCCGUGCCUGAAUAUGUGGAUUCAGACGCUGAAUCCGGUUCAGCCGGAAGCGAGGACGAAGAUUUUGAUAACAUCAUUAAUGCGACCACGGUAACGGAUCGGACUGGUAUCAAGGAGAUCCAGCGACGAAGGGGCAAGGAAACAGUGAGCGCUUCGUUUUCACGCACUGAGAUCUCUGCGCCUAAAAGAUGGUGA